AUGUUUCAGUACAAGAGAGAAGAUAUAAAUAUAAAUAAGAGAAAAAGAUUACUAAAUGAAAUAGAAAUACCAAAAGAAAGAAAACUAGUUAAAUGUACUUUUAUCAAACAAAACAAUAGAGACAAAAGCUCUAUAGUUGGUCCUAGUAACAGGUGCUAA